UACCAUUUCUCUCCUUUAUUGUACCCAUCUUUGCAUGAAAUGUUCCCUUGGUAUCUCUCACUUUCUUGAAGAGAUUUGCUAGUCUUUCCCAUUAGAAGGGAAAAAAAAAAAACAGGCCAAAUUGGUUUAAAUAAGCAUAGAACCAGGCUCAGAUAUGACACAAAUGUUGGAAUUAUCUUUCAGACCAGAAUUUUAAAACUUAAGGUGUUAAGGGUUCUAAUGGAUAGAGGGCAAAUGCUAAGAAAGUAUCAAAAGGGUAUGUGAGAAAUUGAAAACACUAACAAAUGAAGACUGCCUUUGAUGGGCUCAUUAGCCAACUUUCUACAGUCUAGAAAAGAAUCCAUGAACUUGAAGAAAUGUCAAUAGAAAUCUCCCAAACUGAAAUCCAAAGGGGAAAAGGAAUAAUAACAAUAAAUAGAAAAUAGAAUAUCCUAGGACUGGGAUAAUUACAAAAGCUGUAUCAUGUGUGUAAUUAGAAUAGCAGAAAGAGGAGAGGAGAGAGUAUAAGAAAUAUUUGAAUAAUGGUUGAGAAUUUUCCAAAAUGAUGGAGACUAAACCACAGAUCCAGGAGGUUCAGAGACCACCAGUAAAAGAAAUCUACACUGAGGCACAUUCUAUUACAGAAAAUCAAAGAUGAAAAUACCUUGAAAGAACCAGGGUGGGGGUGGGGCAACACUAACUACAGACUUCUCAUCAGAAAUCAUGAAAGAAAGUGUGGCAUGACAUAUAUACAAAUUAUUGUAUUUUAAAAAAUCACUAAGCUAGGAAUUUGUAUCCAACAAAAUUAUUCAUCAAAAGUGAAGGAGAAAAUGAAAGACCCCGAAUAGACAAAGCCAUCUUGAAAAAAAAGAAUGGAGCUGGAGGAAUCAACCUUCCUGACUUCAGCUUAUAACAAAGCUACAGUCAUUAAGACAGUAUGGUAUUGCUGCAAAACUAAAAAUGUAGAGCAACGGAACAAGAUAGACCAGAGAUAAACCCCAGCACCUAUGGGCAUCUUAUGUUUGACAAAGGAGGCAAGAAUAUACAAUGGAGAAAAGACCGCCUCUUCAAGAAGUGGUGCUGGGAAAACUGGACAGCUACAUGUAAAACAAUGAAAAUAGAAUAUUUUCUAACAUCAUACACAAAAAUAAACUCAAAAUGGAUUAAAGAUUAAAACGUGAGGCCAGAAACUAUAAAGCUCUCAGAGGAAAACAUUGACAGUAUACUCUGACAUAUAUCACAGCAAGAGUCUUUUUGACCCAGCUCAAAAAAAUUAUCUAUUCUUAAUAACUGAUAACUGUUCAAAUAGUAACAGCAACAAUAGAUUGGAUGAUAAUGACAGCAAUGUUAGGGAUGGAAGGGAGGAAAUGGUAAUAUUCUGUUAUUCGUAUUUAUGUUACCUGCGCUAACCCGUGAAAUGAAAGUGUCAUUUGGAAGUGGACUGAGAUUGGCUAUGAACCUAUAUUUCAAACUCUAGGAAAAUCACCUUAAAAUUGGUAUGCUAGAUAGAGGAUAGGGUAUGGAAUCAUGUCACAGUACAGUCAUGACAGAGAUCUCUAAAUAUCUUUAAUGUUCAUAACUACUUUGAAAUGACAGUAGUUGUAAGUCUUCUCCAACCAGAAGUUGUUUAAUCAUUGAUAAAGAUACACAUUUAUAAUGAUGUGACAUUUAUAUUUUGAUAGCUUGUAUAUAUUUUGGUAACUUCAACAUAAUUGAUUCUUUGUAUUUUAAAAAUUUUUUACAUAUUUAAAAACAUUCUGAGGCAUUCCACUUUAUGAAUAGUCUUGAGCUUUACCAAACUACCAUCAUCUAUCCAUCCAUCAUCAUACCUUUUAACCUUGGGAACAUGCAGAGAUUCUGACACUGCCUAUUCUGAAUGAGUGAUGGCUUUGAGGAGACUAACCAAUGUGUCCCAGUCCGAUGAAGAGUCUGUCCCUAGUCAGACCCACAUCAUGCACACCAGGGCUUGCUUAGGAUGGUGUCUCUGGUCCUUCUGCCUCUCUCCUAGCCAACCACACCUGACUUGAGGGUGGCAGGACUUUGUGCAACAAUCUGUCAAAUGAAAAACAAAUCCAGAUAUAGUAAGCAGAGAUUUUCAUUUGAAAAGAUUUUUGCAAGGGAGGGGAAAGGGCUAUUGCAAUAGGAAAGGAAAAUUAUUUCUUCUACCCAUCUUAGUUCUUAGCUGGGGCUCUGUUAACAGAAGAUGAAUUAAUAAGAGCAAAGCAUGAAAGUUCCAGCAUGACUCAGGAGCCCUCAUAAGGAAAUGAAUACCCACAGACAAAACCUAAAUGCUUUUGUGUUAGAUGGAACAAAGGCAAUUAUGGAAAAAUGACUAAAAUAUACCUGGGAGGCUACAAGAAGACAGGAAUUAUCUUAAUAAGGUCAGUUUGUGUAGAAUCCUCUUUGGUCAUAAUAUUUCAUCCUUGAUGACAAGACUGUUUCUUUUCGCAUAGGGCAGGCAUCUUUCACGAGGGAGUUUUAACUCUCGUUUUCAGUAAGAAAGAGGAGACCUCAGAAUGCUCUCGCAUCAGCUGUUUUUCAAGUGUCUAGUUUAAAACAAUCCUUUAGCUCAAGUAGCAUAGUAUUUGGGGAUGGCACAUUCUGGUGCCCUUCAUCUAUGUCCUUAAGGUCUAUAAGCCUCUCACAGGUUUAAAUAGUGAAAGAUCUUCUAUACUGAGAAGUGACCAAGACUAGGAAGAAUCGGGUAUGGGGAAGUGGAAUGCCAGGGCAGUCGAUAGGACAGUAGGUCAGAAAAGGCUUCACCCUGAUCCCAGCCAGUUCCCAGGUUAGGGCCCGGAGACAGGAUAGUGAACCAAAGCUGAGCAAAUAAGCAUCUUAUUCAGAAAUGUCAGGCUGGUUUAUUUCUCUCAGCAGGUUCUCAACACAGAGAUUUGAAACACCAAAUUAACUACAGCUCAAGCACGCAGAAUUAUCUCAGCUUUCCUCUGGUAUAGCAAGAGUUUGAAACAGCAGACUAGUUACGGUCCAGUAACAGCUCAGGGAAGGUCAACUAUUAAAAAUGUAACAUCAUAAACUGUCAGGACAUGAGGGAGAACCAUAACCCUGGAAAGAUCUAGAGCCCGCUUGAUUUUUCCUUUAUAUACGUGCUGACUCCUCCUUUUGGUUCAGCUUUAUGCAAAAUAGGGCUUCUACCUGCCACCAAUCAGGGAAAGGAAUGCAAAUAGCAUGUGCCCAAGGCCAAUCAGGGAAGAGGGUAUGUCUGUGGGGGGGCAGUUUCCUGCCAGAGGUCCUCCCUUCGGUCCUCUACUUCAUAUUUCUUAUUUUUGCUUCUCCCACUUUCCACACCACCCCCACCUCCCCACCCCCAUCUUGAGUGUCAUUAGAGUCAUUUGGCGAAGAUGGUUCACUGCAGGGCACAACCAUUGAGGGAAUCCUACACCACCUACAGGCCAAAUACAGAGUGUAAGCUUCUAGAACUUUAUUCCCUCAGCCCAUAGAGGAGGAAGAGAAUGCUGAGGAAAAACAAGAGGGCUGUACAGGGAAAUACAACACACACAAUGACGCCCACCUGAACCCAGACACGAUGCCCACCCCCAUCCAACCCAGACCCACUUGGUUUUCAAGCAACCCUGCGAGCUCCAAAACGCCAGCCUGUGAGGCCAAGCCCUCGCAUCGCGAAAAUAAGGAGCAGGCGCCCAUGUAGUAUGCCUCCAUGGGCCAAUCAGAGCUUAGCCUGCCCUUACGCCACCCAGCAAUUGGCCAAUGGGAAGGCUACACCCUCUAUAAAAGAGAGCAGACUUCGCACGUUGGCGAGGGAGAGAGGAGACUGUAACGGCUACUGUUAUCUAGGCGAUAGACGCGGCAGCGGUAUGGCCCGAACGAAGCAGACUGCCCGCAAGUCCACCGGUGCCAAAGCGCCUCGUAAGCAGCUAGCUACCAAAGUUGCUCGCAAGAGCGCUCCAGCCACUGGUGGCGUGAAGAAGCCACAUCGCUAUCGGCCUGGAACUGUAGCACUGCGCGAGAUCCGCCGCUUCCAGAAGUCUACUGAACUUCUGAUUCGGAAGCUGCCGUUUCAGCGCCUGGUGCGGGAAAUUGCGCAGGAUUUCAAAACCGAUCUGCGCUUUCAGAGUUCCGCCGUGAUGGCACUGCAGGAGGCAUGUGAGGCGUAUCUAGUCGGUCUCUUUGAAGACACCAAUCUGUGUGCCAUCCAUGCUAAGCGUGUCACCAUCAUGCCUAAGGAUAUUCAGCUGGCACGGCGAAUUCGUGGAGAACGUGCCUAGAUUCUUUUUGUACGUGACUGCUGAUCUUUGACCCCAAAGGCUCUUUUCAGAGCCACUGGCUGCUCAAAAAAAGUGCUGCACACAGACGAGUUAACUCCUUUUUAGUUUAGAGGCCUGACGGAUGAUUAAGCAUCCAUACGGCUUCUUAAGGGGUGAGGGUGUGUGUGUGUGUGUGAGUCGCUCAGUCAUGUCCUACUCUGCCAUGCCAGGCUCCUCUGUCCGCGGAAUUCUCCAAGCAAGGGUACUGGAGUGGGUUGCUAUUUCUUUCUACAGGGGAUCUUUAGUGACACUGGGAUUGAACCCAGGUUUCCUGCAGCGUAGGCAACUUCUUGACCAUCUGAGCUAUCAGGGAAGUCUCAGUGAAAUCAUGGGUUAGUACCAAGGAGAGAGCUUUGCUAUGGAAGUUAAGCAGUACUUUAGCCACCUGAUGCAAAGAACUGACUCUUUAGCAAAGACCCUGGUAAUAGAGAAAGAUCGACGGCAGGAGAAAGAGACAACAGAGAAUGAGAUGGCGUCACGGAGUCAAUAUGAGUUUGAGCAAGCUCGGGGAAUUGAUGGACAGGGAAGGGUACUGUUCUGCAGACCAUGGGGUUGCGAAGAGUUGGACAUGACUGAGGAACAGCUGGCAACUUGGCAGCAUGUGGUAAUGAGUUUUCCAUCCCCAUUGAGUGAACUUGCUGAGGAAACAUAGGGUGGUUAACCAUAUUUUUAGUAGUGGAGCUCUGUGGAGAUGAUGGGAGCAUGAAUUUUAUGGGGAAGAGAAUUUUCUUUCAUUGGUGAUGGUUGGAAGUUUCUCCACUGAGGCUUCAUUAAGUUGAUUAAAAGCCUGCUAGAUUUGCUGGUCGUGCAAACUCCUCUGCAUUAAAUGGGUAAUGCAUAAAAUCCAUUCCCUACUAUACUUGUUUGGGCUACACUUUUGGGAUGUGUAUGGUUGAAAUGAUGAAGCCUAUAUGUAGAUACCUACUAGAGCAAGAGUAACACAUAAUUCAUCCUCAAAGUCAAAGUCCACCCCUGGGUGGGGGAGAGAGAAAUAACCAAUGUUGAUUUUUUUACUUACUGGAUUUCUGGCUUAAUUAUACAAAAUUAAAUAAAUAUAAAUAGACGAGAUACAGUACUUGGGUCCCAAAUGCAGGAUUUUCUGCUCCCGUGGAGUUGUGGUGCACCACCCUCCAGGCAUGUGUAUGAGUUCUUAUUAACCAACCUGGAAACUCCAGUCCUACAGGGAUUGUCAUGGAAGCCUUAUUACACAGGCACGGUUGAUUGAGUCAUUGGUUGUCAGUGAUUGAACGCGACCUUCAGCUGCUGUCCGCUUCCUGGAGGUGGGCUUGAAGGUUUCAAACCGCUCAUCUCAAUGGUCAUUCCUUGUGGACCUAAUCUGCAGUAUGUCACCACCAAGGUCUUGGGGAUAAACUUCCAACAGGCCAGGUCUGUGUAUCUCGGAAAAGCUUCAAUUCCAGAUGUUGUCUGCUUCAUUCCAGGAACUCUAAUUUCAGGUCACCAGGUGACAUGCAGAUCCAGUCCGGGUUCGCUGCUUUCUAUGAAUUCAGUCUAUUGCUUGCAAGAUAAAUACUUCACAAAGCACAGAAAAGGCAGGUUGCAGACUUAGGGUUAUUUAAAAGGAGAUAAGUAUUUCAAGUUAGCACCAGCUUUCUUUGUCUUUCAUCUCCCAACUCGGCUAUUUUGGUGCCUGUUGUUUUAUUCUGAUUUUUUUUUUAUCCCAUGGCAAUAAAAGCUGUGACCAAUAAUUCUAGGCUGGUGCUAGGGAUUAUUGAAACAGCAGGACCCUAUGGUACUUGCCUGCCACCGCCCCCUCCAACCUCGUUUCGUUACUUGCCUUUUGUCUGUGGAAAACUGUAGUCAAAUAAGUUUAAUUUGAGAAGUAGGAAAUGUGGAAACAGGAAAACAAUCCAAGGAGGCCGAAUAAUGACAAUAUAGUGAGUAUAGUCAAGAAACUUGAGUUCUUUCUCAAGAGCUAUAGGUUAUAUUCUGAGCCAUAUCCUGUGAGCUGUUACAGAUACUAAAACACUAGGGUGAAAAAUUAAUUACAUGAUGACCAGACUGUACCCAUGACAUAAGCUGCCACAAUUCCGAGAACUGGCCUCGAAGAAAUGGGAAGAAAUGGACCCUGGAUCUGAAGAUUAACUGUACCUAAAAUUACUAAAAUGAUGCUGGGUAGGCCACCAGUGACCAAUUUAAAGAUAACUGUCAGAACUGACUGCUAUUUCUAUAUGUAGCUGUCCCCCACUUUUGUCUAAAAAAAGCUCCUGCCUCACUAGUUUCCGGAACAUCUGCCUCCCCCAACCCUAGUUGCUGGCAUCUGAAAUAAAGCAAAUUUUCCUUUCCACCA